UUGCAGAGAGGUGGGGCUUAAGUCUGGAAUUCAGAUGCCUAUUGAUGACUGCUCUGUGGCAGCUAAACCAAGAGAACAGCUGCUCUGCUCAUUAUUUCAAACCACACCAGGGUACAGAGCUUGUGCUUCAGGAUGGAAACCUAUGGUUAUCUGCACAGGGAGUCAUGCUUUCAAGGACCUCAUGAACUCUAUUUUAAGAACCUCUCAAAACGAAACAAACAAAUCAUGGAGAAGAAUGGAAAUAACCGAAAGCUGCGGGUUUGUGUUGCUACUUGUAACCGUGCAGAUUAUUCUAAACUUGCCCCAAUCAUGUUUGGCAUUAAAACUGAACCUGAGUUCUUUGAACUUGAUGUUGUGGUACUUGGCUCUCACCUGAUAGAUGACUAUGGAAAUACAUAUCGAAUGAUUGAACAAGAUGACUUUGACAUUAACACCAGGCUCCACACAAUUGUGAGGGGAGAAGAUGAGGCAGCUAUGGUGGAGUCAGUAGGCCUGGCCCUAGUGAAGCUGCCAGAUGUCCUUAAUCGCCUAAAGCCUGAUAUCAUGAUUGUUCAUGGAGACAGGUUUGAUGCCCUGGCUCUGGCUACAUCUGCUGCCUUGAUGAACAUCCGAAUCCUUCACAUUGAAGGUGGGGAAGUCAGUGGGACCAUUGAUGACUCUAUCAGACAUGCCAUAACAAAACUGGCUCAUUAUCAUGUGUGCUGCACCCGAAGUGCAGAGCAGCACCUGAUAUCCAUGUGUGAGGACCAUGAUCGCAUCCUUUUGGCAGGCUGCCCUUCCUAUGACAAACUCCUCUCAGCCAAGAACAAAGACUACAUGAGCAUCAUUCGGAUGUGGCUAGGUGAUGAUGUAAAAUCUAAAGAUUACAUUGUUGCACUACAGCACCCUGUGACCACUGACAUUAAGCAUUCCAUAAAAAUGUUUGAAUUAACGUUGGAUGCGCUUAUCUCAUUUAACAAGCGGACCCUAGUUCUGUUUCCAAAUAUUGAUGCAGGGAGCAAAGAGAUGGUUCGAGUGAUGCGGAAGAAGGGCAUUGAGCAUCAUCCCAAUUUUCGUGCAGUUAAACACGUCCCAUUUGACCAGUUUAUACAGUUGGUUGCUCAUGCUGGUUGUAUGAUUGGGAAUAGCAGCUGUGGGGUACGAGAGGUGGGAGCUUUUGGAACACCUGUGAUCAACCUGGGAACACGUCAGAUUGGAAGAGAAACAGGGGAGAAUGUUCUUCAUGUCCGGGAUGCUGACACCCAAGACAAAAUAUUGCAAGCACUGCACCUUCAGUUUGGUAAACAGUACCCUUGUUCAAAGAUAUAUGGGGAUGGAAAUGCUGUUCCAAGGAUUUUGAAGUUUCUCAAAUCUAUUGAUCUUCAAGAGCCACUACAAAAGAAAUUCUGCUUCCCUCCUGUGAAGGAGAAUAUCUCUCAAGAUAUUGACCAUAUUCUUGAAACUCUAAGUGCCUUGGCUGUUGAUCUUGGUGGGACGAACCUCCGAGUUGCAAUAGUCAGCAUGAAGGGUGAAAUAGUUAAGAAAUAUACUCAGUUCAAUCCUAAAACCUAUGAAGAGAGGAUUAAUUUAAUCCUACAGAUGUGUGUGGAAGCUGCGGCAGAAGCUGUAAAACUGAACUGCAGAAUUUUGGGAGUAGGCAUUUCCACAGGUGGCCGUGUAAAUCCUCGGGAAGGAAUUGUGCUGCAUUCAACCAAACUGAUCCAAGAGUGGAACUCUGUGGACCUCAGGACCCCCCUGUCUGACACUUUGCAUCUCCCCGUGUGGGUAGACAAUGAUGGCAACUGUGCUGCCCUGGCAGAAAGGAAAUUUGGCCAAGGAAAGGGACUGGAAAACUUUGUUACACUUAUCACAGGCACAGGAAUUGGUGGAGGAAUUAUCCAUCAGCACGAAUUGAUCCAUGGAAGCUCCUUCUGUGCUGCAGAACUGGGCCACCUUGUUGUGUCUCUGGAUGGGCCUGAUUGUUCCUGUGGAAGCCAUGGGUGCAUUGAAGCAUAUGCCUCCGGAAUGGCCUUGCAGAGGGAGGCAAAAAAGCUCCAUGAUGAGGACCUGCUGUUGGUGGAAGGGAUGUCAGUGCCAAAAGAUGAGGCAGUGGGUGCACUCCAUCUCAUCCAAGCUGCCAAACUUGGCAAUGCGAAGGCCCAGAGCAUCCUAAGAACAGGAUGAAGAGGAAGAGUCCCGUUAGAGAACACCUUCUGGCCAUCCUCAUUACUGGUCACAGAAAAGAAAAUGACUUGAGAAUGUAGCCAGCAGCUAGGCUGAAAACCACUGGCACUGGUUCUCUUAUUUUUAGCAUCAUGUGCUUUCUCACAGUUUUUGCAAGGAAAAAAGGUGAAACUGAAGGAACACCUUGUUCAUGAAUCAAGUGACUUCAAUUCCAUUGGAAUGCAGGGCCAAAUGUUUUACUUCUCUCAAAAAAGCACUUUGAAUUAAGAAAACGGCUCAUAAGUUUAUUCCCCAAGUACCCAAUUUCAUAAUUGAAAAAUUAAAUCUUUCCAGACACCAAAGUAUACUCUCUCCAUGGAGAAGAAAAACCGCUAAAGCUUGGGAAAACAGAAAAGAUAAAGUUGGGUUCUAUAACAUGAAAAAUACUCCAGUGAUA